AUCAUCCUGCGACAGCGGUUUCUCAGUUUCUCCAUUGACCGGCCAUGUGAGUUGAACACAUCAGGGAUGUAGAACAUUCAGAUGCUGAGAACUAGAGGAAACGUAGUGUGACCGAAUACAGCGCAGAAGCUGAGCACAUUUUGUUUGCUUCUUGUGAUACACUGAUAAAAGGGAGAUGGUGGAGAAGAUGGGAGCAAAAGGUCAGAAGCAUUUUGGUGACCAAGCGCAGAAGAGGACGAAAAAGAAGCCUGAUCGGAGUAAAGCCGGAGCAGGAGGAGGAAGAAGCAGCAGGGGUGAGGAAGGAGGAAAAAGGAAGCAUCUGGAUUCAAUGACUGUGAGCUAUUUUCGCCGUGUGAGUGAGAGACUGAAUGAAGGAUUCACAAACGAUGAGGAGCGAGAGCUCUUUGUUGAAAACGUUCUGUCAGAGGUGAAGGGACAAGCUGACCUCGUCUCCACAGAUAUGACGGGCAGUCUGGCUGUCCAGAGGCUUCUGUCACUGGCCAGCCCUAAACAGGUGGCGGAGGUUCUGGCUGAACUGGGUGGAGAAACGGGGUCAGAGUUUAAAACGGUGUCCUGUGACAAAUGUGGGGGACAUGUGAUAGAAAGUGCUGUCAAGCAAAUGGCCAAGUGGACAGAAGACGGCGCCUCUGAAGAGAAGAGCAGCUCUGGAAAUGAACAAGAAGAACCAGAGCCUGAGAGCUGUGGGACGCUCGAGGAUCAGGUGCUCACUCUGUGUCGAGUAGUGAGAGAGAAUAUUGUAGAGUUCAUUAAAAACCCUCAUGGAUCUCAUGUGCUUCGAACGCUUGUACACGUGCUUGCGGGAUGUUCGGUUCAAGAGCAGUCUGAUGCAAGUCCAGCUAAGAAGCCAAAGAAAGCAGAACCUGAGCUGACAGACUUUGAAGCACCAACAUCAUUCUGGUGGGAGCUCAAGUACCUUUCAGAGUCUCUGAUGGAAAAUGUUAAUGUCUGUGUUACCAAUCCCACUGCCAGCACCGUGCUCCAGACUUUAUUGAGUAUCUGCCACAGGAAGAGACCCAUUCUGUGCAAAAAGCUAAAUAAGGGCAUCAUGGGAUACCUGACAUCUAUGAGUUCAGCUCCUGGAGUCAGCCCCCUUUUGGUCUUUCUGAAGGACCAGUUAUGCAGUCGGCUCAUCCAGACCAUGUUUCAGGUCUCCCAUAAAGCUCUGAUUCGAGAUACCUACAAGAACCACCUGAAGGACCAGCUCGUGCCUCUGGCACUUCAUCCGUUUGCAAACUACCCCAUCCAGUCCUUGAUCGCAGCAUCAGUCCAUUGUAAAGUGUUUCUGAAGAUAUUUGACGAGUUGAUGCCUGGGUUGGAGGCGAUCCUGGCGGCGGGGCACAUGGGGAUCAUAGUGCAGGUGGUGGAGAGCUGCGUACACAGAGAGGAGAAGCAGGCUGACAUACUGCGCCACCUCCUAGAGGCUUUUCACUGCAGUGAGCCCUCCACACGGCUCCUCUCCUCUCUCCGUCUCUUCCUGUCCAUCCUGACGUAUGAGGUGUACUUCAACACAGAGGCAGCAGAGGGCAACGCUGUUCCUCAGCGCCCCCUUUCGAUCUGCUACCACGGCUCGCGCCUGGUCCAAGCACUGGCGCGCUUUAAAGACCGCUCCAUCCUGAUGAACAGCCUGCACAGCCUGAGCUCAGCCGAGCUGCUGAGCCUGGGCACGGAGCAGACGGGCAGCCAUGCCCUCCAGGCCCUCAUCACGCUCUCCAGUGACAAAGGCAAGGGAAAGAUCCUGAGGAAGUUUGAGGGAAUCUAUACCCAGCUGGCCUGCAACAAAUACGGCAGCCGUCUGUUGGAGGCCGUGUGGGGCAGCGCCACCAUCAGUCAGAGGCAGAGCAUUGCAGAGCAGCUGGAAAAUAUCUAUCAAGGACCUGACCGAUUCUUGCAUCAAGCAGAUGUUGAGAUGAAUUGAACACUCCUAGUCUACUCCCAUACUCCAUAUGAGAUAGAGACAAGCUUCAGUGGAAUCUUCCAGAUGCUGUGUGGCUCCGUUUGUCCUUGGGCGAAGUACAAGUGCUUAGUCACUCUGCAAUAAUUUGGUCCUGCUUCCCAGAAAGUGCAUUUUGAUACUUGUAUUUGAUCCUUUUCUCUAUUAUCUAAGGUGCCGUUUAGAGCAACUCGUCUGUGAUUUGUGUAUUAGCAGGCAGGGGAUGAAUUAACGUGCUAUAGUGUUUUGUAUUUUCGUAGCUUGUAUCACACCAGAAUUGCUCUACAGCUAGAAAUUCUCCAAGGCAUUAAGCUUUUAUCAAAAAACAUAAUCACGUCAGAAAAUCAUGUGUGAUAGUGAUUAUUUAUCAUGAAUGAAGUACUUCAUCU